AUGCAAGAAGGUGAAGCGACUGUUGUUCGAUUUCAUGUCACAGUUCUUAGUCUUGACACUAUUGAUGAAGGCUCUAUGACUUACGUAGCUGAUAUCUUCAUGUCACAGAGUUGGAAGGAUUACAGGCUGAAGUUACCAGAAAAUAUGACCAUGAAAUAUCGUUUGCUGCCUGUAAGCUGGCUGAAAAGGAUGUGGAGGCCAGAUUCCUUCUUCAAGAAUGCUAAAAGAGUGACUUUUCAGGAAAUGACCAUUCCCAAUCACUACAUUUGGCUGUACAGUGAUAAAACCAUACUUUAUAUGGUUAAACUGACAUUGUUAUUAUCAUGUGCCAUGAAAUUUGAAUCUUACCCGCACGAUACUCAGACAUGCACCAUGAAGAUAGAAAGUUUGUCAUAUACUACGGAUGAUCUAAUUUUUGAUUGGGAGGAAGAAGUGCCUCUUGUGGUAGAUGACGCCAUAGAGCUUCCGCAGCACAAUUUAGUGGACUCAACUCUUGGUGAUUGCACAAAAGUGUAUUCAACAGGUAAUUUUACAUGCAUUCAAGUGAUCUUCACUCUGAAGCGACGUUUGGGAUAUUACAUGUUUCACACUUACAUUCCCACCUGCCUCAUCGUCAUCAUGUCUUGGAUAUCCUUUUGGAUCAAGCCGGAAGCUGUUCCUGCCCGUGUCACCCUCUGUGUCACGUCCCUUCUUACUCUGUCCACACAACACGCACAAUCCCAGAAAUCCCUGCCCCCGGUGUCAUACAUCAAAGCCAUUGAUAUUUUCAUGUCUUCCUGUACAGUAUUCGUCUUCGCAUCCUUAAUGGAAUAUGCGUUAGUAAACAUCCUUCUCGGAGAAGGAGCAGAUGAGGAGGAGGAAGGCGGACAGCAGCAGCAACAACAACAGCAGCAACAGCAAACACAACAACAGCACAACAGCAAACAGCAACAGCAACAGCAAAACCAACAAAGCAACAGGCAGCAACAGCAAACACAACAACAGCAGCAACAACAACAACAGCAGCAGCAAGUGCAGCAACCAAAGUGUGCAGUGAAGAAUAUGCGCAAUGUAGUCGUCGUGCCUAAAACACAGGAAGGAACGCCUCAACUACCAAAUGGGACUAAGCCAAAACCUAUUUCCUCCACGUAUCGCCACAACAGGCAUCGUAAUCGCGCCAUUCUCAUCGAUAAAAUAUCAAGAGUUUUGUUUCCUCUCUCUUUUGUGAUAUUAAACACUGCCUAUUGGUCAGUUUAUUUAGACGCUUUGGACCUCUAGUUCAUUUGAACUUCAAAUAAGAAUAUGCUGUUCUUUACCUACUUCAUCUUCAUUGCCUUUAUUCGAAGAGUUAGAGACACAGAAAUAAUUUCUGAGUACAACAGGCUCUCGUAAGGAUAAUGUGGUAGUAUAUUGUUCAAAUUGUAGGAUAUUUGAGAUGCAUUACCAAAUAAAAACUAACUCUAGAUGCUGUUACAGAGUUGUUGAUAUCAGUUCAAAAGUGAAUCUUCAAAAGACCAAGAUUAUCCGUUGAUUUUCAAACUCAUUUCGGAUUUGUGUUUACACGAAAGAUAUUGUUACAUAUGCUGUUAAACUAAUGAGCUUCAUUAUGGGUUAUUGGAAAAAUCAAGGGUAUA